AUGGAGAGAUUCUCUGAAUAUCAAGAGAACUCAUACUCUAGAAAUAUAUCCCUUCAAGCUAGUAUUUCAGAGCUUUGGUCAAGGCAACCCCAAGACAAGCGACUUGUCUUAAGAAUUCAGUCCAUGCUACCACAAUUUAAACUGACAUCUGAUGUAUUAAGGUGCUUAUGGGAAUAUAGCAUAGACCCUGAUCCUCAAUUUACAGGCGUAAUUACAGCUUUUAAAUACUCGCCUCUACACUUUUUAAGUCUAAAAGCUACUGAAAUUGUUUGACUACGAAAAGGGGAAAAUCUGCCUCAAGCAGAUUAUUUGAUGCAUUUAUCGCCUCAAUCGGUAGACUCAGCAGAAAAUUUAUGCUAAAUUUAUAAGUUUCCUAAUCGCUAAUUAUUAAAAAAAAUUGUUGAAAAAUUAAAGGGAAAUACCAUACAAAUUGAAGAAAAAAUCUUUGAUAGUAUGAUGAGAAGCGCUAUGAGAAGAAUCGAAAGAAAUCAAGAGCUUGAACCACUUGAUGUGUGCAGGGCUUGCAUUGCGUUUACAGCUGAUGAAACUACUCAGCGGCUGCUAAUGAAAUGUGAGAUCUUAUUUCCUGCAGUUUCUUUGCAGUUUACUCCAAUUCUACCAUUGAAAUUGGUCUCAACGCCAUUAAGCUCAAAAUUAACAAAAGGGUUAGCAAGUAAAUAUCAGGCUGGGUAUUUGACACUAGAUCAGUCGGGAAGAGCGCUGCCACUUCUUGACACAGAUCCACUUGCAAUGCAAUAUCCUAUUGUAGGUAUAGCUCAUGAAUCUUUAUGAAUCGACCUCGUUGAAAAGUAACCGCUCUAAUGGACUUCGCAUCUUGUACAUCUUAAACCAGACCUCUCACUAUUUAGAGAAAUAUUUCUGCCCUAUCUGGAACUUCUCAUUUGAUUUAAUAAUAACAAUUGCUUGUAGCUUUAAUUUCACUUUCUGGACAAGCUCACUUCUAUCUUGAAUUCCAUAUUUUAAGUAUUAAAAUUUGCUAAACAAUAUUCUUCUUAAAUUAAAAGUUAAUUUUUAUAACAUUUAUAUGAAAUAAAACAGUUAUAAACCUCUUAUAAAAAGAAUUAAAUUAAAAUUAAUUUUAUUAUAAGCCCCAUUUUAUAGAUAGCUGUCAAGAUGGUUCAUACUUGUCAAAAAAUUUUUGGCUAGUCAUUUAUAAUUUCUACAUUUGGGCCAAGACAUUUUGCUGCCAAAUUACCACUUUUCAAGCAUAAAGAGAGAAGAGCCGUUUUAAUUUCAAAGUAUGCCUUGGCUUUAUUUUGCCAAGGCCCCCAUGCUAUUUAUUAGAAAUAUUUUCGAAAUUAUUAAAAAAACAAUUAUAUAAAACUAUAUUGAGCUAGUUUUAAAACUAGGGAUGUUUUAUUAUAAUCCGAAUAUUUGUCUAAAUAUUGAGGGGUCUGGUCUAAGACAUAAAAGAUGUAAAGUCCAUUAGAGCGUUUAAAUUUUCAAUGAGGCCGAUCCAUAAAGGUUUAUAAGCUAUAUCUGGGUAACUGGAAUCCCAGAGUCACAGAGUAAUAGAAAUGCACCGAUAAUUCAUCCCUUAGUUUGGACAAGUUGCAUUCAAUAUAUUGAGUCCAAAAAUAUCAGGGACAAAAUUUCUCCUGAUCCUGAAAACUUGACUAUGCUGUUUGUCCACUUUGCAGGAAAGCCAAAGUUCUAUGAGAUUUCAUGUGUAGGUAAUCCUCAGUGAAGAACUGAGUCGUUUUGCAGCGAAAUUCCUCGAGAAGAAGAGUCAUAUUUUGCUCCUUGCUUUGCUACAUUUUUAAAAGAAGACCAAACAGUAAAUUCUAUCGAGCUAUCUAUGGACAAUUUUCCUAGGCACUCAGUAAACUCUUCUAUAAGUUAUGGAUCAAGAAUAAGCACACCUUCGAAUUACCAAAUGAAGCCUCCUCGCCAAUCCGGAAACCCAGGGAUGUUCACUCCGUCCUAUAGCCGGCAGCUUUCUAGAAAAAAUUCUAUGGAAAGCUUAAGAGGAUCAGGCACUUUUUCUCCGAGCGCCGAACAAAUUAUUGAAGACCAAAGUAAAAUGCUUGCUCAGCUCCAAGCACAAAUAAAAGAACUCCAGGCACAUGUAUUUAAACCAAAAAUACAAAAUAAUAUAGGAGGAGAUCUCGUAAAUGCUGGGACAAAUACGACUUUCAAUACAAAAGAUAUGAGGGAGAUGUCAAAUGCAGAAACAAAUACAACUUUUGUAACGACAGCGCCUGCUGAGUAUUUGACAAUGGGAGAUUUAAGGGUAAGUGAAGAAGGUAUGCCAAGUAUGAAAAACACGUCAAUGAUUUCAAGUAAAAGCAACGCAAAUAAGCCUCCAUGCUCAGGAAAAUCGAUGACCUCAAGGCCAGUUUCGAAGCCUCUUUCUUCUUCGUCAGAAGAUCAUAAUGAAUCAAACGGUCCUCUAGAAUACAACCCUCUCAGAUACAGCUCAAUGGAAUUUCAAGACUCCCCAGGCCCUUCUCCUCAUCCUUAUAAAUCAAAGAUUUCCCAAUCCCCUUCUAUGAGGAGCAAGCAAAAUUCUAUGGAUUUGCCAUAUACAGAUCGCUCUUCAGUUUCUAGUAUAAAAAUGAGUGACAUGAAGCUGAAGUUUAGUGUAGAAUCUUCAACAGACAUGCCAAUAAAUUAUCAAAGGAAACUUGCUUAUUCCCCAGCUAACACGACUAAGCCAGUUAAUGAGGUAGCUCCUUCAGACCAAACUAUAUGUGUACCAAAAAUCAUGUAUGAAAGCAGUAGUGAAGGCUCAGAUGACGAUAAUGUGCUGACUGCAAUAGAGAAAAAAUAUUUACGAUAA